CACGUGCCCUCUCUAAAUUUUUCUUUUUAUAUAUUUUUUCAUGAUGUUAAAUUUUACAAAAUUAUAAAAAAUACUCAAAAUUUCAAAAUAUAUAGAUAUUUUCCGAAAAUUUGCUUAGUGGUCCUCUAAGAUUUUGUGUCUAGAUCCGCUCUUAAUUUAAUAAUUGCAAGAUUUUGUGUCUAAAUCCGCCCUUAGACUUAAUAAUUGCAGAUGUUCGGUUAACACUUUGAUAUCAUGUAAAAGAAAGAAUGUCCUACUUUACCAACAAUAAACAAAUAUACUCUUCCUUUCCCCUCUCUCUUUCAUUUCACUCAACAAAAUCUAAUCUAAUCGACUCUCUUUUAUAUUAUACUAUUUCUCCACCAUUGCUCUCAUUUUUCUAUUGCAAAACACACACUGACACACACUCUUUUAUUAUAUACUAUUAAGAUUACAAAACUCGCAUACAAAACACAACCAAAAACAAAAACACAGCUCUUAUUUUAACAUUUUAAUUUCCUUUUUUUUGUUUUUUAUAUAUGCUUACCGGCUAUGCCGACGCCGGUGAGUACAGCGCGAGAAUGCCUAACCGAAGAGUCCGCGCGUGUACUCGACGACGCCGUGUCCGUGGCUCGCCGCCGCAGCCACUCUCAGACGACGUCGUUGCAUAUCAUCUCGGCGUUGCUUUCUAUGCCUAAUUCGACUUUGAAAGAGGCGUGUCAGCGGAACAGAGGCGGCGCGUACUCCCCACGCUUGCAGCUACGCGCGUUGGAGCUGUCCGUCGGAGUUUCGCUCGAUAGAUUACCGUCGGCGAAGACGCAAGAUGAGAGUGAGUCUCUGCCGCCCAUUUCGAAUUCACUGAUGGCGGCGAUCAAACGGUCCCAAGCGAAUCAGAGGAGGCAUCCAGAGACCUUUCACCUGUACCAGCAGACACUGAAUCAGACCCAUCAGAACGGUGUCGUUUUAUCGGUUAAAGUUGAGUUGAAACAUUUUGUUUUGUCGAUUUUGGAUGACCCGAUUGUGAGUCGGGUCUUGGGUGAAGCGGGUUUUCGGAGCUCCGACUUGAAAAUUUCGAUUCUUCAGCCGCCGGCUCAAAUUAGGUACCCACCUCCUUUGUUUUUGUGUAAUUUAGUUAAUGAUGAGUCCAAACGGUGUCGUUUUAGUUUCCCUUUUGCUAUUGAGAGUGUUGAUGAGAAUUCCAAGAGGAUUAGUGAAGUUCUUGUGAAAAAGAAUAAGAAAAAUCCGAUCUUGAUUGGGUUUUGUGCUAAAGAUGCUUUAAAGGGGUUUAGGGAAAGUGUUAAGAAUGGUAAAGUUGGAGUCCUGGACAAAAAGAUUGAAGGGUUGAGCUCAAUUUGUAUCGAAGAUGAGGUUUCGGAGUUUGUUUUAAAGAAUGGGAGUGAGGAGAUGAUGGGGGGGAAGUUUGAUGAGGUGGGUGAUGUUUUGGAGAAGUGUAGAGGGUGUGGGGUGGUUGUUGAUUUCGGAGAAUUGGGGGUUUUUGUUAAGGGGGUUUCGAUUGAGGGUUUGAGUUAUGUAGUUUCGAGGUUAAGUAAUUUGGUUCGGGUUUAUGGUGAGAAGAUUUGGUUGAUGGGAUUUGCGGAGAGUUAUGAGAUAUAUAUGAAGUUUGUUGAAAGGUUUCCAACGAUUGAGAAGGACUGGGAUUUGCAUAUGCUUCCUAUUACUGCGUCGACACCACUUAAUGGAGGAUCAUACUCGAAAUCCAGCUUGUUGGGGUCAUUUGUACCUUUUGGUGGUUUCUUUCCUGCUCCGCCUGAGAUCAACAAUUUGCUAGAAAGCAGAAGCCAAUCCGCACCUCGUUGUGACAUGUGCAACAAAAAGUAUGAACAGGAAGUGUCUUCUGUUCUCAAGGGAGGUUCAACUACUUCUGUUGCUGCGCAGGACCAACUUAAUUUACCGUCUUGGUUGCAAAUGGAUGACAUUGACAAAUGCAAGAGUGCAAAUCCAUCAGAGGUCAGGGAUGGCGGUGUACAAAAUGCCCGACUCGCUGGGUUGCAAAGAAAGUGGAAUGAUAUCUGUCAGCGACUUCACCAUCCUCGGUCACUCCAGCAAGAAAUGUCAAAGGUCGGGUCUUUACUUCCCGCUGUUGGGAGCUAUCAUUCUGAUGCUAAAAGGAAAGAUGACAAUGGUAAGGAUUGUUUGCUUAAUGAAUGCAUAGGUGCAGAUCCUUGUUCUUGCAUUUCCUCAAGUUUCCCAAAGAUUUCUUCGAGACCUAAACAAUACAUGGAAAUACCUGUUACAUCGGUGGCAGAAAUUCCAGUUCUUCAGAAUCAAGGGACAGUAGAAGUUUCAAGCAUUCGGGAGCCAGAGAUGAACCACAAGGAGCCAUCUUACCCGAUAUGCAGUCCACUGCUUCAGCCUGGUCUUACAUCUUCAUCAUCUGUUACCUCUUCUGUCACUACGGAUCUGGGACUAGGAACGCUUUAUGCAUCUUGUGAGCAAGAGCAUAGAUCAUCCAAGUCUCAGGAUUUCAAAGAGCUUCCAAAAGUUUCAUGGUAUAUACCUGCUAAGAUUAGUGGGGAUUGUACGCUUACUUCUGCUAACGAUAGUAUGCAAACAUCUUUCCGUCCCAGUCUAGGAGGGCAGUCAGAUGAUAAAGAUUUCAAGUACCUGUGGAAAGUUCUUUCUGAUACAGUUGGCUGGCAAGAAGAAGCCAUUUCCACCAUUAGUCAAACUAUAUCUAGCUGCCGGAAUGGUUAUGGUAGACUUCGUGGUCAAACUUACAAGAGAGAUAUCUGGCUCAGCUUUCUUGGACCAGACAAAGUAGGAAAGAGAAGAAUUGCUGGCGCACUUGCUCAAAUCAGCAGGGGGGAUUUGUUUUCUGUGGAUCUAGAUCCUGUCAAUUGCUUCAGCCUCCAAAAUUCCAUCUUUGACUAUCCAGAUUCUAGCAGCAACAAUUUGAGCAUUAGGGGAAAGACUAUUGUUGGCUAUAUAGCUGAAAAGUUAAGCAGGAAACCUUAUUCAAUCGUGCUGCUUGAAAAUAUUGAUAAGGCUGAUUUUAUUACCCAGAGAAGCUUGACUCAGGCUAUCAAAACUGGUAGGUUUCCAGAUUCAGAUGGACGAGAAAUUAAUAUCAGCAAUAUGAUCUUUGUGACUACUUUGAGUCGUGAUAUAAAUGUUAUGGAAAAAGGACCACCAAAAUUUACAGAGAACAAAGUACUUGGUGCCAAAGGGUUGCAAAUGAAAAUUUUUGUUGAAGGCAAUGCUGUGGAUAUUCCCAAAACUAGGAGUGAAAAUGUGUUGUUAGAGCCAAUGAAAGGAACUUCAAACCAGGUUUCUGUAAAUAAAAGAAAAAUUACUGAUGAAAUUGGAAAUUCACCGGAAGUAGUGAAUCGAUUUCAAAAAGUGUCGAGGACAUGCCUCGAUCUAAAUCUCCCUGUAGAGGAUACAGAAGACGAUGAUUACGGAGCAUGUGAUAGCCACUCUAGUUCUGAGUCCUCAGAUGUUUGGUUGGAAGAUUUUCUAGAACAAGUGGAUCAAAAGGUGGUAUUUAAACCAUUUGAUUUCGAAACACUGGCCCAGAAAAUUUUGAAGAACAUUGAGAAAAGCUUUAGGGAGACCAUCGGAUUCGAUAUUCUGCUGGAAAUUGAUUCAGAAGUAAUGUUGCAAAUGCUUGCAGCCGCUUGGUUAUCGAAUGAGAGAGCAGUGGAGAACUGGGUUGAGCAAGUUAUUUGUAAAAGUUUUGUGGAAGUCAAGCAGAAGCACCAUAUAGCUAGUGGGUCUGUUCUAAAGCUAGUUGCUCUGGAAGGGCUUCAAAUGGGAGAUAAAGCCCCUAACCUCAACCUUCCUGCAAAUAUAAGUGUGAAUUGAUUUUUAAGAGUAUGCUUACUGUAAAUAUAUGUAUAAUGUAGUUGCUAGCAUAAAAUUGUCAUAGUUUGGCUGGUACUCCAACAAUUUUAUCAGAGUCAUGUUGCUACAUGAUUCACUCAAACAGUGUAUUGAAGUCAUGUAUAUUAUAAAUAUAUUUUUAGUUCA